AUGCAAGCUUUUAUACGACAAAUUUAUUUAUUAGACGGAAGUUCAAAAGUAUUAUUGAAUUUUCGGAGGAAAUUAAUUAAAAGAAGUUUUACUAGUACAAAUAUUGUUAGAGCGGCCCAAGAAGAAAGUGGUAUUUCAACAGAAAUAGGUAAAUCUGUACAGCCAACAAGAAAACCUAUCGGCGGGUUCCGUGGAGGUCUAAUUGGAUUUUUAGUGGGUUUAACGAUUGCAGGAGGGGCAGGAUAUUAUUAUCUUUUAGAUGAAUAUCAUGUAGCAUCUAAUAUUUUAUUAAGUUCUGUUGAAGAACUUCAAAAAUCCACAAACAAGGUUCGUGAUUAUACUCAAAAAAUUGAUAGAAUUGAAUCGGAAUUGAAAGCCCUUCAAAAUAAUGCCGCUACAACAGAUCAGAUUAAAGAAUUAAGGGCCGAAAAUCGAAAAUUAUAUGUAAUUAUCUCACUAUCAA